AUGAUAUCUGAUAAUAAGUUAAUUAAUCUCAACGAAGAAGUAAAAUUGAUUUAUGGUGUUAUUUAUUCAUUAAGAAAUUUUGUUAAGAAAUUUACUGGAAGUCAAAAUGGGGGAAUGGUACAUCAAAUUGAUUAUAAAUUACGUUAUUAUGAAACUCCGAUAGGUUUAAAUACAUAUCGAAAUGCUGAAG